AUGAAUCGAGUGUUCCAGCCUUAUCUGGAUCAGUCUGUGGUGGUAUUCAUCGAUGACAUAAUGGUUUACUCAAGGAUUGAAGAUGAGCAUGAUGAGCACCUUCGAGUCAUUCUUCAGACUUUGAUGGAAAAACAGCUCUAUGCUAAGUUUAAUAAGUGCGAGUUCUGGCUGUGUGAGGGGACAUUUCUUGGUCAUGUAGUUUUAACUGUGGGGAUUCAAGUUGAUCCUCGAAAGAUUGAGGCUCCAGAGCUUGGAAAGGAGUUUACUGUUUAUAAUGAUGCAUCACAUGUCGGUUUGGGAUGUGUGUUGACGCAGGAUGGUAAAGUGAGCCUCAAGUAUCUCCUCACUAAGAAGGAGCUUAAUCUUAGGCAGGGUAAAAUGAUUGAGCUGCUUAAAGACUAUGACUGCGCCAUUGAGUACCACCUUGGUAAGGCCAAUGUGGUGGUUGAUGCACUGAGCCGUAGGGCUAUGACUGAUUUUAGGGCGAUAUUUGCUCUCCUAAGUUUAUUUGAUGAAUGGUUAAGGAUGAGCAUCAAUUACCUUCGGGAUUCAAUAUGGGUCAUCAUGGAUCGAUUGACCAAGUCCACCCACUUCAUAUCGAUUCGUAUUGAUUAUUCUCUGCAGAAGCUGGCGAAGCUUUAUAUUUCUGAGAUACUGAGACUGCAUGGAGUACCGACCGAUGGUCGGUCUAAGAGGGUGAUUCAGAUACUGGAGGACAUGUUGAUGGGAUACCGCUCUGAUUCUACUCAUAUUGUUCCUGUUGAAGGGAUCGAGGUUAGGCCAGAUUUGACCUUUGAAGAAGAGUUGGUUUAG